AUGACUGCGUGGAACGUAUUCCGUUUCAUGGGAGACAUCUCCCAUCUCCUCUCAAAAUGCAUCCUGAUGAUCGCGAUACAUCGCAACAGGAGUGCUGAAGGUGUCUCCCUCAUCACCCAAGGCCUGUACGCCUUGGUCUUCUGCACGCGCUACCUCGACAUCUUCUCCGAACAAUCAGCAUGGAACUUCAUCUUUAAGAUAUUCUACAUUUCGUCAUCCUUCUACAUCAUUGGUGCCAUGCAGUGGAUCUUCCCCCGCACCAGAGAACGCGAGCUCUCGUGGAAGGUCGGCGCCGGCGUCUUCGGUCUCUCGCUUGUUUUGUCUCCCUUUGCCAUGCUCAUCUUUGAGAGCUACUGGAGCUUCCGCGUCUGGCUCUGGGACUUUAGCCAGAUCCUCGAAUCCAUCUGCGUCCUGCCCCAGCUGCUCCUGCUUCGCCAGACCACCGUUCCGACCGUCAUCGACUCCUUCUACCUUGUCACCCUUGGCUCGUACCGUGGACUAUACCUGAUCGGAUGGAUCACGCGUGAGCUCGAUAUCAACGACAAGGCGCCGAACACGGUCUCUGUCAUCUUCGGCAUUAUCCAGACGGCGCUGUAUGUCGACUUCGCCUGGGUAUACUACACUCGCCAGCGCGUCAAGCUCCGCAACGGUGGCAUUGUUGAUGCCGACGACCUACGUAGAGGCUGGUUGCUCAACAGAAUCUUCGGAAAGCGUAUCGAUGCCCACUCUGACGACGAGGAGAGCGCCCCUGCUCUUGGCGACGAUGAUGGCCAGGGCCGCCGCGGUGGUGGACGGCCCAAGUGGGGUGCCCGUGGCAUCUCAGUCAGCGCAGACGAGGGUGUUCUGGAUACCGACCGGGACAACCAGCGCCGGGAUGAGGAGCUUGAGGAAGGGGUCAUUGACCCCGAUGCCAAGAUGCAGGAUCCCGACGAGCUCGCCCGUGUGCUGGAUGACGAUGAUGACGAUGAUACGAACAAGGCGUCCGGAAGCAAUGGCACACCUGCUGGAAUCGACAACGGUUCUGAGUGGCGCAACUAG